AUGGACGCCAACUCGAUGCGUAAACCGACGACGGCCGCGACGCUGACGAAGUGGGAGACCGCGAACGCCGCGCCCGUGGGCGGCCCGACGCCGGACAACAGCGACCGCGACGGCCGCGGCGGCGGCGCCGGCGGCGGGCACAGCAGCGACGAGGACCAACGCCGCGCCGACGUCGCGCAGUCGCCGAGAAAAGAAGCGCCGGCGCCAGCUGUACACGUACCGCCGCCCGCGGCGGCCGCGAUCGCCGCCGCGCCGCGACCGGCGGCGGCGGCGGCGCCGAUCUCGCCGACCUCGCCCGCGACGUUGCCGUGGAUGCACGAGCGCAGGGCGACCGGGCGAAGGUCCGCGCGCGGCGGGCGCGUCCUCAACGACGCUUUCAUCCGGCGGUUUCGCGUCGCCGAGGCGGCGACGCGGAGCGAGGCGCGGCGGAUCAACGCAUCAACGCAUAAUCCGAUCGUCGCGGCGCCUCCUGGGCAGCCAACGGCGCUUCACCUUCACGCGCCGCGCGCGUCGGUCGCGCCGCUGCAUCACCUCUUGUGCGCGGUCGCGCCGCCGGCGUUCGGGGCGGCUGCCGCGGCGCGGGAAGAAGACGACCCCGGGCGGGACCGCGCGUCGACGCCGCGGUCGGCGGCGGCGCGGCCGGUGUGCGCGGCGGAGCUUCUCGUCGGGUCCCCCGCGGCGGGGAUGGCGGCGGCGGACACGCUCUUGCAGAUGCUCAUGAUGGGCGCCGGGGUGGUCGAGGCUGGAGAAGACGGGAUGGAGAAGAAGGCGAACGUCGCGGCGGCGGCGAACAUCGCGGCGGCGGCGGCGGCGGCGGCGGCGGCGGCGGCGGCGGCGUUCGACCCUGUGGCCCUCCCGCCGCCGGCGUGGAGGGCGGGCACCGUCGAGGACGGCCCGAAGAUCGUCCCGGACACGGCGAUGUUCGUCGCCGCGUCGGCGGCGGCGCAAAAACGCCGGCUGCUCCCGUCGCGCGGCGGCGGUCGACAAAAAGUCCACCGGCCGUGGACGCCGCCGGAGGUGGAGGCGCUCGUCGAGGGCGUCGCGCACUACGGGCGGGGACAGUGGGCGGACAUCAAGUCGUUGGAGGCGAACGGCGUCGCCGCCGCGCUCGAGACGCGGUCGGCGGUUGAUUUGAAGGACAAGUGGCGAAACUUGUUGCGGAUCGCGACGCUGCCGGUGUCGUAUAAACGGCGGGAGGCGACGGAGGUGCCGCAGGCGACGCUCGCGCGCGUGCGCGAGCUCGCGGCGGCGAAGAACGUCCCUCGCGCGGCGCGCGGGCGCGACGGAGAGGACGGUUCGUCUUCUCCGGGGGACGGUUCGUCUUCCGGGGGGAUGAAGCCGUCGCAGCCGAAGGGCGUGCGGCGUUCGAAGCACCACUCGCCGUGGACGCUCGUCGAGUCGCGCGCGCUCGUGGACGGCGUCGAGAGAUGUAACGGCUGCCGAUGGACCGUCAUAAAGAAGCUCGGUCUCAGCGAGCUCGAGCGGAGGACCGCGAUGGACUUGAAGGACAAGUGGAGGAACCUACUUCAGCUCGCGUCGCUGCCGAGUCAGUCGCGGCGAAAGGCGGAGACGCCGCCGGCGCUGUUGCAACGCGUGCUGCGGUUGGAGGCGUCGUACGGCGUCGCGCGGAGGAAAGGGCGGAAGUCUGGCGGCGACGGCGCGUCGAGCGAGAACGGCGUCGAGGGAGGAGUGAUAUCUUCGGCGUAACGGACAGCAUGCGAGCGUUUUGUAACAACACACACCCUUAAAACACCAG